AUGUGGAACACCUCUGAUGCCAACUUUUCCUGCUACCAUGAGUCUGUGCUGGGCUAUUGUUAUGUUGCAAUUACCUGGGUGGUGGUGGCUGUGACAGGCACCAUGGGCAACGUGCUCACCCUGCUGGCCUUGGCCAUCCAGCCCAAGCUCUGUACCCGCUUCAACGUUCUCAUAGCCAACCUCAAAGUGGCUGAUCUGCUCUACGGCACCAUUUUUCAGCCCUUCUCCAUGGACACCUAUCUUCACCUGCACUGGAGAACUGGUGCCACCUUCUACAGGGUUUUUGGACUCCUCCUCUUUGCAUCCAACUCUGUCUCCAUCCUCACCCUCUGCCUCAUCGUCCUGGGACACUACCUCCUCAUUGCCUACCCUAAGCUCUUUCCCCAAGUGUUCAGUGCCAGGGGGAUAGUGCUGGCACUGGUGGGCACUUGGGUGGUGGGUUUGGCUAGCUUUGCCCCGCUCUGGCCUAUCUAUAACUUGGUGCCUGUAGUCUGUACCUACAGCUUUGACCGAAUCCAAGGCCGGCCCUACGCCACCAUCCUCAUGGGCAUCUACUUUGCGCUUGGGCUCAGCAGUGUAGACAUCUUCUGUUGCCUCAUCCACCACCAGGUGAAGUGAGCAGCACAGGUGCUGGAUCAGUACAAGCUGCACUAGGCAAGUGUCUGCUCCAAACAUGUGGCUAGGACAGAUGAGGCCAUGCCUGGUCACUUCCAGGAGCUGGACAGUGGGAUAGCAACAGGAGGGGCCAGUGAGAGGAUUUCAUCUGAACCAGUCAGUGCUGCCACCACACAGACCCUGAAAAAAGACUCAUCAGAUGGGGACCAGAGCAACAGCAAGGUAGCUAAGCAGACGGCAGAGAAAAGCUCUCCAGAAGCACCUGCCAAGGCCAGGCCAAAAAUAAGAGCCCAAAAAACUCAGGACUCUCCAUCAGAGUUUGGGAAGGUGACUCUGAUGUGUUUUGAUGUGUUCCUCUGCUUUGUCCUGAGUUACAUCCCUUUCUUGCUGCUCAACAUCUUAGAUGCCAGGGUCCAGGCUCCCCGGGUUGUCCAUAUGCUUGCUGCCAACUUCACCUGGCUCAGUGGUUGCAUCAACCCUGUGCUCUAUGCAGUCAUGAACUGCCCAUUCCACCAAGCCUAUGGCUCCCUCUUAAAACGAGGGCCUCAGAGUUUCUGUAGACUCCAGAGUUUCCGUAGGUUCCAUUAGAACUAUGUUGCCACUCACCAGCAUCUGGGACUGUUUCCUCCAGAAUUAUAGUGGCCAGCUGGUAUAGGAGUAGAUGAAAGUAAGACCUGUGGACAUUUUCAUAGACAACCUCUCCCCAAACCCCAAAUUAGGCAUAUCCAUCCCUUACUCAAUGUUUUAGGCUGUCCGAGGUGCAUUAUUAAUUAUUA